GCCAAUCAAUGAGGCGGAAGGAGAGGAGAGACGCGAAUCAGAGCGGAGAUUUAAAGGGCGCAGACCAAUCGGAACGCGGGGCGGGCGCGCCGCAACUGAGCCGUAAAGGGAGGAGGAAUUUGAACGAGACCACGCCCCUUUCUCUAGGCCACGCCUUCUCAGCGCGCGCGACGAGCGGGAGCCGGGGGCGGUGGCCCCGGUGCCCCGAGGCGAUGGCCGAGGACCGAGGUACGGCAGCGCCAGCGCUGCGUGUCCCCCGUGUUUCCCCCCUGCCGCGGGGGGGGCCGGGGCUCACCCCCAGUGUCCCCCUAGAUGUUCGAUUUGUCACCGAGGAGAGCUUCGACUUCGCCGUGCUGUCCCCAUCUGACAGCCAGGAGGAAGAGGAGGCUGAGGAUAGCCCGGGCGGGGAUUGCCGGCACGGGGACGGCAACGGGCGCUGGAGUCCCCUGCGUGGGGCCCGUCUGGAAGAGAUGGUGCGAGAGGCCACGCGCCUGGCGGCACAGUUGGAGGGGUGUCACCUGCCUCCUCCCGACCCCGGAGACCCCCCGGGAGCCGCUGCCACGCCCCCCGGCACCCCCCGCAGCCCCCGCCGCCAGACCUUCGUGGUGAAGGACAGUCCGGUGCGGGCGCUCCUGCCCGUAGUGGAGUCGCGGGGACCUGCCUCCAUCCCCCAUCUCCCCGCCAAGCCCCAGGGGGCCUCUGCUGCCACCAGUGUCCCCAGGGCCCCCCCCAGCCGUAAUUCCACAGCAGUGGCGAAGGGACCCUCCGGAGGCAGGAGGCUCCCCCCCAGGGGGGCCCCCCGGGGCGGGGCAGCAGGCCAGCCUAAGGCAAGGGGGGGCACAGUCCUCUGCCCUGCCCACACCCGCCAGCCCCACGCCAGGACCACCACCACCCCUGUCCCCUCCGGCUGUUCCCCGGCACCCACUACCCUCCCCAAGGUGUCCCCUCGGACUCCAGCAGCGGGUGGGAGGACCCCCAUCCCCAGAGGAGCAGGGGCAGCACGGGCAGUCCCCCUAACUGCUGCCUUGGGGUGCAAACCAGGAUCCCCCCCUGCCCGCCUGCGGCCCCCCCGCAAGACAGUGGUGAGCAGCACCCCGAGGUGACACCCCCAAAACCACCCCACAGCCACCCAGAGGCCCUGGGGACACCCGGACUCCACCUGGGGUACCUAGGCUGGGGGGAGCAAAGCCAAGGCCACCCCACAGAUGAGCUGAGGCAUCCACGGUGUUUUGGAAGGAGGCAGGCAGCACCAGGGGCCCCCAGGAAGCACCAGGGCACCCCUUGGGUUGUCACAUUGCAGGGCAGAACUGGAAUCCCCAGGGACCAGCUGAGGUUGGGGUGGCAGAGCCACCCAGGGAUGACCGAGGCAUUCAUUGGAUUUUGCUUUAAUUACAAAAGGUCCCAUCAACAGGAAAUCCCCCACAUCCCCCAGCACCUAGUUCCUCACCCCCCCAACACCCAUCCCUGGGUUCCCCCACCUGAGCCUCACCGCUGGGCGGGGGGGGGUCCCAGACAUCCCUUUAACCCCCAACUGAUCCCCCUCCACAUGCCCUCCUACCUGGGGGAGCUGGCACCUUGGGACAGGUGGCACCUUUGAGGGGGGUUGGCACCUUGGGGGGCCCGGGGGUUGUCACAAUGGGGAAAGUUAGUUGUAAAUUCCUUUGUUUAAUUUUCAUGUAUUUUUUAAAUAAAACACUCUACUGGGCAAAGGGGCUGGGGC